ACAGAAUCUUAGGAGGAAAAUGAAAGGGGAAUUUAGUUUACAUUUGUCUGGUGGCUCCUUGGCUGUGAAGACCGCGGAAUAUGUCGGUGGAUAAAACUCGAGUUAACAGGUGGGUGAGCCUGUGCCUUCUGGUGGUACUUGGCAUCUUCGGGCUUGUGCUUCUCCUACAGCUGGCAGCCAAGGUAUUCGGGCCGUCAAAAUCUUCGUGUACAAAACAAGUCUGCUUGUCCAAGUUCCUCCAAGGGCCCCCUGCUUUCAACGACGAAGCUCUGGCCUCCCACCUCAAGAGUAACUACUUCACUCCUGCAGCCUCCGUGGACUACAACUUGUCCGGUGUUGUGGGUUAUAAACCGUACCAUAAUGAUGUGCUUGACUUUAUCAAGGAAUGGUUCAAAAAUAAGAUGCCAAUGUCGUACCCAAAAGGCAGUCCGCAGGAUGAGGAGGCGGCAAUCCAACAGCUGGGCAGGACGAAGCUGCACCAGCUGUGGCAGGAGGCAGACAUCGACCUUGAAAAAUUCGAGGUCCAGUGCAUCCCCCUUGAGAACCUCAUCUACGCAGCGGGCAUAACCUCCUCGAUCGACCUCCUGGUGCUCGACAUGUCUGGCACUGACCUCGACGUCAUGCUCAACACGAAGCUCGAGAUGGUGCCUGAUAUGGAGAUGAUUAUCAUCAACGCCAACGGAGCUGACAUCGGGUCUGACGUCGGGGGCUAUUUCCUAGAGCGGAAUAUGGUCGUCAAGAAAAUCCGGGGCGCCAGCCAGACCGAAGCCACAUACAUCCUGGCCAAAUUCGACGCGCGAAGAGACCUCUAG